AUGCCAGUCCCCUUCGAAGCUCUGAUCCCUUAUGCGAUCAUCACUGUGAUGUUCGGAGUGUCCGGCGCUGGUUUGUCCAAGCUACGAAACAUGCAGAACAGCGGAUUGCGGCCGCGGCGGUCUGUGGAUCAAUGGGACAACGUAGUGAUGGACCGUGAUCGGAGACUGACUGGACUCUUACGCGGACAAACGGCCAACGCGACAGCACCAGCCGGCUUUGAAGUGAACAAUGCCUGGAAGGUAGAGAAGCGCUUCUCAUAA